UGUUAGAAAGAAAAUAUUCCAACAUAAAUAAUAACAAGUUAUAUAAAAUACAAGUGGAUAGUAUAAUAUAACCUAUAAAAACAGAGUGUACAAGUUUUCUAUUAACCGGUAUUCUACGUAUUCUUUCUAAAAUCACACAUAUGUAUAUAGAUACAUAAUAGUCUUGCUAGAAACCGCAUAUCCAUGAUCCUGAGCUACGUAUUUAUUUGUUUGUUCUGUAUAUAUGUCCGACACUUGUAAAGUAUUGGAUACAAAUUAGAUAUUUUUAUACUUAAUUUUUUUUUUAUCGAUCCAGUAAUAUCAUUUGUCCACAAAUCAUCUGUUUAAGUGUUUAAAUAAUGGCUUACAUGUCAAUAAAUUCUGGCACAACACGUAAAAUGUCUUUUGGUUUUAAUGGGAAAUUGAAUGGAGUUGAAGGUAAAACACCUUUUUUAAUUGGAGUUUCGGGUGGUACAGCUAGUGGAAAGUCAACUGUAUGCAAACGUAUAAUGGAAAAACUGGGUCAGGUUGAUAUGGAUCAUAUGCAACGACGAGUUGUUUGCAUAUCGCAAGAUAGUUUCUAUCGUGAACUUACACCAGCUGAAAAAUUAAAGGCUGAGAAAGGACAGUACAAUUUUGAUCAUCCUGAUGCAUUCGAUAAUGAUAUGAUUUUGUUAACCUUGCAAGAUAUACUUGCAGGUGUCAAAUGCCAGAUACCAGUUUACGAUUACAGAACUAACAGUUUAAUGAAGGAUCAGGUAACAACAAUAUACCCCGCAGAUGUAGUUUUGUUCGAAGGAAUUCUAGUUUUCUACUUUCCCAAAAUAAGAGACUUAUUUCAUAUGAAGUUAUUUGUAGAUACAGACUCGGACACCAGAUUGGCUAGAAGGGUACCCAGAGAUAUAAAUGAAAGAGGAAGAGAUUUAGAUUAUGUAUUAAAUCAAUACAUGAAUUAUGUGAAACCGGCGUUUGAAGAGUUUUGCUUACCUACAAAAAAAUUUGCCGACGUUAUUAUCCCUAGAGGAGCAGAUAAUACAGUGGCAAUAGAUCUAAUAGUGCACCACAUCUGGGACAUUUUACGCUUGAAAAAGGCUGAAAAAUCAACCGGGCAGCAUCCAUACAUCUGUCAGCAUAGGCGUACUUUGGCUUCAUCCGACACACUCAGCAUAUGAUUUGAGAAAAUAACACACGAUGAUAUUGAUUACAUGCACUGCAUCUUUGCACUAGUAAACUGCAUAUUUCUUACGCAGUAACCUCGCAUCCGUUGCUUUUUAUACUUAUUAUGCUCGUUCUGUGCGUGUACGUGUAAUAUAUUAUACUAUAUACGCACGCUCGCUCAUAUUAAGUCAAUGUUAUGUGCUUAUACUUAUCACUUUAGAAAUGGUAAUCAUAAAUUAACCCUAAUAGCAUUUUUCUAUCUUUUUUUUUUUUUUUUUUCUCUCUAAAUAUAAUAAAAUUUGCAUUACAUUUGUAUCAAGUAAUACUUCAUAAACCAUUUCUUUUCCAAACUAAUACGAUGGAGACAGGUAUGAGAGAGAGAGAAAGAGAAAGAGAGAGAGAGCAUUUCAAAGUUUCUUAUUAAUGUUAGCUUUUAUUUUACACAUGGUAUGUUGUAUGUUUAUAUUACCGUCUAAUAGAUAUAUGCACGUUUGUAUCUUUAUAAAGAAGAGCGUCCCAAGUAUUACUACUUAAAAGAGAUAGCUUUAAGUAUUUUAUACAUAUGUGUUCACGCUCAUAACAAAUCGAUAUUAUGCACUUUCGUUUGUAAAAAUUUAAAUUUUCCUUUAAUCAUGUCCAUUCAAUUUUGCAUAAUACAAUUAAUCAUGAAGCAUAAAUGAGCAUAAUUAAGUAAAUUAUUACUUAACAAUUUCAUAUAUUAGGAGCAUAAUU